CGCAACGAUUACACGCCCUGUUCAUCGAACCGCUGGAUCAAGCAAUCCAAGAAGCGAUCUGAGGACGUGCCUGUCCGACUUUGGCAGCUCGCAUCGCGGAUUGAUUUCUGACCCCGAUUUCCCAUGAUGCUGCAACUCUACGUCUGGGGCCCGGCAUUCGGCCUGCCGUCGCUCGACGCAGAGUGUCUCGCCGCCAUUGCCUUCCUGGUGCAAACCCUCAGCCCAGUCGACUACCAUCUCAUCCAAAGCAGCCCCUCCGCCGUCCCGACCCAACACCUCCCCGCCCUCCAUGACCCCUCCACUUCAACCUGGACAUCCGGCUUUCGCGCCAUAGCAACUCACAUCCAACAAACCCACCCGCCACCGACCUUCCACAACGACCACACCUCCCCGCCGCCACCAUCACCGUCAUCCAACCCCGCCGACACCGCCCCCGCCAUCGCAGACGGCAUAGCCUACACGACCUUCCUCACCGCCCACGCGGCGCCCCUCCUGUCCCUCUCUCUCUACGUCUCGUCCGCCAACUACGCCUCCGCCACCCGCCCGGCCUACUCCGCCGUGCUCCCCUUCCCCCUGCCAUGGACUGAGCCGCCCGCCGCGCGUGCCGCGAUGGUGCGGCGGGCUGCGCAUCUGGGCAUGUCUGUCCUCGACACAGAUUUCGUUUCCGAAGAGGAUAAUAGUACGAAUGCAGUGGUGGGAAUGGAGGGAUGGGUUGAUAUACCGGCUGCGGUCCGGCUUAAACCUAAGAAUGUCGGGGUGGGGGGUUUGUUGAGUCCUGAGCAGAAGAGGAGGAUCAGGCUGGAGGGGUUGGCCGGGGAGGUGCUGGAUGUGUUGGGUGAGGUUGCGUGGGAGCGGCAGAGGGUUGAGGUGAGGUGUCUUGCGUGGGGAUAUCUGGCGCUGAUGCUGCUGCCGGAUGUGCCGCGGCCGUGGCUGAGGGAGGUUAUGGAGGGGCGGUAUCCCGGGUUGUGCGAGUUUGUGAGGGAGUUUCGGGGAGAGGUGUUUCCGGAGGGGAAGGAGUUGCCAUGGGUUGGAGGGAAGGACUGUGAGUCGGUUGUUGGGGUCGGGGCGAGGUUUGCGAGGGGCGUGCUGGGUGAGGUGCCAUUGAUAGGAGAGCAGUGGACGCGGUGGUGGGCCGGGAGAAAGAGGAGGCAGGUGAUGGCGAGCAAGGGAAUAAGGACUAAGUCUGGCGGCGACCUGCUUUUACUGCUUGGGGCAGGGCUAGGGCUUACAGCCAUAAGCGCAGGUGUCUUUUUUUAUCGCGGUCUGCCGCCGUUUGGCGAGGGGGUGCAGGUUUGGCGGAAGCCGGUGGUCACACUGAGCAGCUUCGGGGCAGCGGGGGCCAUGUUCUCAGGGGCGCUCUACGGGUUAGAUUAGGGGCGGUUAUAUCAGAUACGGCCUCGUGGUGACGGCUUGGACGAACAGAUUCCCCUCUAGAGCUACGUUACACUUGGGGUGUGUUCUUGCACUACUUGGUCUUGGAUAACUUGAUGUCUUCAAGACUAGCAUAUCCAGUCAGAGAUCCUCUUGAUCAAAAUCUGGUUUGAAAUCCAGGUUAUCAUUGAUCAUGAGACAUUAUCUCCGUUGUAAAUCGCAGUUUGGAAUUGGUAG